CACUUGGGUUACAAAGGUAACCGCUUCCCCAGAGCUGCCAAGAAUCUCCCAUCUGCCAUCCAACAACCCCAAGUUACUGAGAAAAACCUGCUAGAGGAAGUCCAGCUUGGUCGCCUGGCUGGCCCCUUUGAAUCCACCCCUUUUCAAAAUUUUCAAAUUCAUCCCCUCGGCCUAGUCCCCAAAAAGGGAAGCCAAAAGUGGCGCACUAUUUUCCACCUAUCCUACCCCAAGGGGUCCCCGGAUAGCUUAAAUGCUAACAUACCCAUUGAGGAUUACACCCUUCAGUAUAUUCGGAUUGACGAUGCCAUUGCCCUGGUCCUCAACCACGGCCCCGGGUGCUUUAUGACAAAAACUGACAUACAGUCCGCUUUUCGAAUUAUCCCCGUUCACCCCGGGGAUUGGGAACUCUUGGGGAUGUCCUGGAAGGGUCGUUAUUACUUCGACAAAGCCCUCCCCUUCGGGCUAAGGAGUGCCCCUUUUCUCUUUAAUCAACUCGCUGAUGCCCUGGAAUGGUUGGUCAGACAACACCUGAACAUCCCCUCCAUCAUACACAUUCUCGACGAUUUUUUCAUUGUUCAACCUGCCCCCUCGUCCCUUUGUGCCACAGCCCUCUGCCGGGUUCUUACCCUCUUUGAGGAAUUAAACAUUCCCCUUGCCCCACAGAAAACCUUUCGCCCCACCCAAGUUCUUGAAUUCAUGGAAAUAACACUCGAUUCCGUAAACAUGCAGGCUCGUCUCCCCGAGGAUAAGUUAAGUAAUGCCCGGUCCCUGCUAGCGGACUGGUCUUCCAAACGGGUCUGUCGUCUACAGGACCUGCAGUCCCUCAUUGGGACUCUGCAGUUCGCCUGCCGGGUUAUUUCCCCUGGUCGCCCUUUCAUGCAGCGCAUCAUUAACCUUACCCGGGGUUGUGUCCGCCCCAAGCGGAUUAUUUUUCUCACCCAGGAGUUCAGAAAGGACAUCCUCAUGUGGCAAUUUUUCCUCGACCACUGGAAUGGUGUUAGCCUUUUUCUGCCCCCUUACACAGAAUCAUCCCCACAAAUCCAUUUAUAUACAGACGCAGCGGGUGCAGUCGGAUACGGGGCCUUCUUUGACAAUCAGUGGUUCCAGGGAAAAUGGCUCCCCUCCCACCAGCUCAACCCCUCCACAGGGAUAAGUAUUACCUGGCAAGAGCUUUACCCAAUUUACCUUGCCUGCAUGAUUUGGGGGCCCCAUUGGGCUAACAGGAGAAUUUGUUUCCAUUGUGACAACCAGGCAGUCGUCGCAGUUUUGUCUGCUAAAAGCUCAAAAAUUCCCCGCAUCAUGAACCUUGUCCGUUUGAUCACCUUUCAAACUUUGAAGUUUAAUUUUACCUUUACCGCAAAGCACGUCCCAGGGGUCGACAACGGCAUAGCUGAUAGUUUAUCUCGCUUUCAGAUGCCCCGGUUCCACCAACUCGCACCAGAUGCAUCGCCCGUUCCCUGUCCAAUCCCUCCUUUCCUGACGAAAGUCUAACUAUGCAGGCUGCUCACUACAUUUUCCAGUCCACCGCCAGCUCUACUCGUCGAACCUAUUCCUCUGGGGAGCGACACUUUAUUAGAUUUUGCCUUUUUCAUAAACUCAUUUCACCCCAAACCCCUUUUCUCCCUACCAGUGAAUCAACCUUAAUUCAUUUCGUCACCCACUUAUCCAAUACCGUUUCGUAUGGCACUAUUAAAGUUUAUCUGGCAGCAGUUAAGAAUCUCCAUGUUGAGUUUGGCUGUCCCCUGGACUUCUCCUCCAUGCCCUUCCUAUACAAGACCCUUCGAGGGAUCAAAUCCUCCCUCGGUAUUGCCAAACGGGCCCGGUUCCCUAUUACUAUUUCGAUCCUCCGCCAAAUUUAUGCCAAACUAAAACCCUUCCAAUCGUUGGACACAGAUUCUUCAAUGUUGUGGGCUGCUUUUACCCUUGCGUUCUUUGGCUUUCUACGUAGUAGCGAAUUCACUUACAACGGCAAGUUCAAUAUUCAAUCCCACCUGACAAGAUCGGACGUCCACUUUUACCCCAACAUUGUCCAACCUGUGUCUUUCGAGGUUGUCAUCAAGAAGUCCAAAACAGACCCUUUCCGUGAGACAGCCAAGCUCACUAUCGCCAAAUCAAACUCUACUGUAUGUGCAGUCACCGCGUUAAGAGACUAUCUCCUUCAAACUAAUCCCAGUGGAGCUACCCAGCCCCUCUUCCAAUUCUCGGAUGGACGACAUCUUACUCGGUCCUCCCUCACCAACAACUUACGGGCUCUUCUCAAGGUUUGUGGAUUGGAUAGUACCUGCUAUGCAUCACACAGUUUCCGCAUUGGAGCAGCCACUACUGCGGGGGCUGCUGGCCUUCCAGACUGGCUCAUUAAAGUUCUUGGCCGUUGGAAAUCUGAUGCAUAUCAGUCGUACAUCAGGACACCCAAAGAAACCAUUCUCCAAGUCCCUCAAAAUUUGGCCUCCUGUCUAUCCAGUUAAUGACUUGAAAACAAUUAGAUGUCACAUCGCAAUGA